GAAGCGAUGACAGCGGCGGCGUGGAUUCACCUUUGAACCCUGGACUCCGUCCCGGCUGACUCACUGGGUCGGCAGUGUUUUUAGGCCGCUCGCCCGGCCGGCCGACCGGACGAUACAGUUUGUCCACUGCCCCACGCGUUUGUUCACGAUCCGGCCAACUGGUCUGACCGAGAUCGAUGACGUAACGUGCCCGGAGAUAGGGACAAAAAAGUCACAGCGACCAGGUGAUUGGAGGGCGAUGUUCACCGUGGGACGGAGAUCGAUUCAGUUGGCAGCAGGUCGUUCAUGCUAGUUAUUGCGAUCCCGCGCACACACGGGUGGUUAGUAAUAGUUUUUGUAUUGCAGUAUUUGCAUGUGGUGUCGUCGUGAUGGGUUUAGCCCAGAGUGGGUUUCCGCGCAGCAGAGCCGUCGCCGCCGCUGCCGCUGCCGCUGCUGCCAUGGAGGACCCCGUCGCCGGUGAAUGCUCGGGCGACCUGUGCCCAGCCAGUGCCGCCGCUGCCGCUGCCGGUGCCGCUGAGGUGCCGUGUGUGAGUGCCGUGCUGCUCUGCUGCUCCCUGGGCCUGCUCUACGUGGGCAGCCUGUACGUGUGGCGGUCGGGCUUCUCGCGCGACCACCCUGCUACCAUCCGCCGGCGGUUCGUCAGCGUGCUGCUGGUGUCUCUGGUGUCGCCGCUGUUCCCGCACCUGUACCUGCAGUACGGCCCCGGGCGCGCCAGUCCGCUGGCCGACCACUCCAUCUGGCAGGUGAUGGGUCUGAGGCUGAGCGGCCUCCUGCCCGCCCUGCUGCUGCCCUACCUGCUCACCGCCGUGCUGUUCCUCGGGCCGCUGGUACAGCAGUAUCACGUGGGACACUGGAACAUCUACCUGGAGCCCAUGUACUGGUGGCAGAGCCUCCGCAACCUGGUCUGGGUGAGGAACCACAUCGUGGCGCCAUUCUCCGAGGAGUUCACGUUCCGGGCGUGUAUGGUGCCGAUGCUGGCCACGUGUAUGUCGCCACAGCAGCUGUACUUUUGCGCGCCGCUGUUCUUCGGUAUCGCGCACCUGCAUCAUCUGAUGGAGCGACUCAGUCAACGGCAGGGGGUGCUGAACGCCCUGGCCGCCAGCCUGUUCCAGUUCGCCUACACCACCGUGUUCGGCGUCUACUCGGCGUACCUGUUUGUGCGGACGGGCCACAUGACUGCGCCGUUCAUGGCCCACGCCUUCUGUAACCACAUGGGCUUCCCGGACGUGACCGGUCUGCUCGCCGAGCCCGAGCCGCGGCGUGCCAAGCUGGUGCUCGCCUACGUCACUGGACUGGUGGUGUGGUACCUACUGCUGGGGGCUCUCACAACGCCUGCAGUGUAUGGGAAUACGGUCUACUAUAGCGCGGCGGUGUGACGACCGGGGAUGGUGUGUGGUAGCGCCGAGCGGCGUCGCUGCUGUGUUAAGGGUGGUGGCAGGAUAUGUGUGGUUGAAUAAGGACAGACGUCAGCAAGGCUGUCUGGAGGGUAAAAGGAUGGUGGCAGUGAUGGGACCUGCCAAGGUUGGAGGAUUUAGGCAGAUAACAGUGAUAGCUGUGUGUCUGGAAAAUGCGGUUACGUGCCUGAACGCUUGGUGAAGACUGGGGUGCCUGUCGUUGACUGCGCACUGCCGCUUUCCGCCCGACCGCUGCCUUCAUACUCCCUGGUGUUUAGACGGACAGGCCUUACACAGACUCCGAGGCUGGAGUCGGCACAAACCAGGGGCCGCGCACGUCGUAUGUUUUACAGCGGAGGCCGGUAUGUGCUGGUUUACAGUGACAGUGAAGAAAAUGGAGAGGUCGGAUGAGGUUCAAAUGAAGAGUGGAGCCUGCUCACGUCGUGGUGGACAAAUGCAAAGCUAUAUCAUUGUAUCAGCCGAUGAUACGAAAGGCAGUGAGGGACAGGUGUCUUAGGAUCUACCCCUGGAAUUUCGGCUAACGAAUGGAAAGAGAACGCUGGUGUUGGCCGGGUUAGUACAGCGUUUUCAUCAGUUACGCUUUUUUUUUAGGUGUUUUUGGUUCUUACUGCUGCAUUGUGAGCCCGUUUUUGGCUGUCCCACUAGUCUUAUUUGUUUACUAGAUGCCCGGUUCUGUUCUUCAAGCGGGAAGUUUUGGAGGUUUGUGCUGUGGGGUUGUGCCAUAACACACUGACGUGUCUCGAGCUGUUGUGAUGUGAUUUGCGCUCUAACGCUGGAGAAAGUAGGACAUAGGCGCCUGUGUUGCUGUGAGCUGAGCUAAUGGAGGGUACUAUGCGGCAUGCGCACCUGUGAUCAGUUCUGCCACUGCGACGGCCGACGGACGCGGGCACCGUAUGGCUGUCUCUAGGACCGGCCGAGUCGGGCUCGUGCUGCCGAACAGUGGAGACAGAACGGGCUGAGGAAACACACAAGACCGUUCAUGUUACGUUCGUGUGUUUGAUUCGUUCAGUCAAGUUAACAUUGGGCUGGAUUGAGUAGCUUCGAUUGUCACUAGUCGGGAUGUCGCGCAAAGCUUGGCUGUCGCGUGUGCAAUGAGCGAUGCAACACUCGAUGAGAAGAGAGGGCCCGCCGGGCGGUGCCUCUGAAAAUGUGCGAACGGUUAGGAUAAAAUUGGAUCGGCAAGAGGAGCCUGCUGGAGCUGAAGUUCACCGGCUACCAGUGGCUGAGCCGUCUAGUGCCUACGACUGGGGCCGUGACUUAGCGUCUGGAAGCUGAACGCUGGAACCGAUAUCGUCGAUCCUUGACCUUCCUGUCGUGAUGUGGUGGUUGUUCUCUGCUGGGUGGUGUUACUCACGGCACAAUAUGGCAUGACAGACGCACAGUAUUGGUCAUUGGUGGUGUAACUGGCUCCUGUAGCAGCUGCCUUCUCACCAUUGUGUUGUGCCGCGCGGGUUACGGGGGACGGGGUGCACCGCUGGAUGUGGUGAGAGCGAUAACAUAACGUGUGUCGAAUAGAUCAGCCGCAUACUCCGUGUGAUGCUUUUGGGGGACCGAAAAUAAUGCAUUAGGUGUUGUCAGGUUGUCAUUGUGGAUUGUAUUGGUCUGGCUACCUAAAGAGCGUUAGGGCGCACACUCAGAAUCCGAGAAACCGUGAACCGCUUCACUUUCGUACAAAGAGUCCAAUUCUUCCAUUAAAACAGCGUAACAUCUAAUUUUUCAGCUACCUCUUGGAGCGGGUCCCCCUGCUGAGCUCUAACCGAUCUCUGCCGUCUGCUGUGCAUUGAGCCGGACUGUUGUCUGUAUGUGCUGGGUCCGUGUGGAACGCCACCGGGCUCAGGCAGUGACAAAUACAACUAACGCCGAUAUUUCUCA